AAUGAUAGCUGGCAGAGGUUUAUUCACGGUGAGAAAUUCGAUUGACUCUAGUUCUAUUUACUUUCAAAAGACUCCUGAAGAUGAACCGAAAAGAGUGGCAAAUAAUUGUGUUCCUUCAGCAAGAAAUACCAGAAGUUGUGAAGUAUUAUCAGCAUUAAAUAGUGAGCAUCGAGAAUUGAUUUCGACACAUUCUCUACCUGAUUAUAACAAAUUAAAGAAUGCUACUUUUCUCUACCCGGACGAACCGAAAAGUCAUUGGGACGUAGUCACGAUAAAUGUGUCGGGAAAGAUUUAUCAAACUAGACUAAAUACAUUGCAAAGGUUUCCCGAAACCAUACUCGGAAAUCCGAUUAAGCGUCAUAAAUUGUGGGAUAAUAAGCGAAAAGAAUAUUUCCUCGAUCAUCAUCGUCCGAGCUUUGACGGUAUCUUUCAAUUCUACCAAACUGGUCAUUUAAAGAGGCCUUAUCAUGUACAUGCCGAAACGUUUCUUGAAGGAUUGCAGAUGAUGGAAUUUAAUGAGAACGUAAUUACAAGGUACAAGGAAAAAGAAAAUUUGGGACCAAUUGAUACUAAACCAGCUCCAAUGCCUCGUAGGCCCAUGCAAAGAUUUAUUUGGAGAUUAUUCGAAUAUCCUGAUUCAUCAACCUACGCUAAAGUCAUUGGAAUCUUGUCUGUUCUCUUUAUCGUCACGUCGAUUAUAUCUUUUUGUUUGGAGACUAUUCCGUCUUACUCCGCACUACAAUGCAGAAACAACACUGAUAACAAAUUGGUUCAGAAUUUUGAGAAUCCGUUCUUUAUCAUAGAGACGAUUUGUAUUUUUUGGUUUAGCAUAGAGUUCAUUUUCAGAGUUGGUAGUUGCCCGGAUAAAUUGGAUUUUGCAAAAAAUCUAUUGAAUAUCCUUGAUCUUGUCAUAAUUAUACCCUAUUAUAUAGGAUUAAUCGUCUCUCUAAUAAGUAACGAAUGUCCCGAAGGUAAAAAGGGUUCACCACUAAUUUUUCUCCGAGUAUUAAGGAUAUUCCGGGUUUUCAAGCUAUCGAAGCACUUUGAAGGCCUCCUCGUUUUAGGUAUGACCCUAAAGGCCAGCCUGAGGGAAAUAGGGCUGUUUAUAUUCUUCGUCUGCGUUGGUGCGACAAUUUUUGCAGGGGCUAUCUACUAUGCAGAAUCUUCAACAGCAGAUUCUCAGAUUCAAUCCAUACCGGAAGGAAUGUGGUGGGCCGUCGUAACUAUGACGACGGUCGGAUACGGAGACGUCGUCCCUUCUAGUUACUGGGGUAAAUUGGUUGGAGCCGCUUGCGUUGUUGUAGGAGUGUUUACCCUCGCCAUUCCAUUACCAGUUAUUGUUAAUAAUUUCGCUGUUUACUAUAAGAGAAUCACUGGGAGAGGGUACCAACCAGUUCGUACCAGACUGUGGUUAGGUAUGAAUCGAAUAAUCGAAUUCUAUAGAAUAUACGAGGACGGCGUUUCAAACAAUUAUCCACUUUAUUUCAUCGUUGGAACUGUAACAGCUGUCGUUUUAUUGUUUGUAAAAGAUAUUGUCUAUAUCUCUAUAAAUCUCCACGAUUCCCCUAAAUCUAUUAGCUUAGGCGCCAAUGGAGGAAUAGGCUACGAAGUAGCUAAAGAAUGUUUGAAGAGAAACGCCCAUGUGAUAGUCGUUUGUUCGACGAUCGAAAAGUCAGCCAGUACAGCCGCUAGGCUAUUUCUGGAUACUCAUUGCCAAAGAAUUGAUAGUUAUCAAGCGAAUUUGGCUAGUUUUCAUGAGGUAAAUGCUUUAGCAAAGAGGGUGCUGGACGAGUACGUCUUUAUCGAUGUAUUAAUCAACAAUGCAGCGACUAUGGAAAAUAAAUUGAUAAUUACGAAGGAUGGGUUUGAACGAACGAUGCAAGUUAAUUUUCUUUCCGCCGUCUUACUCUGCAAGUUACUCAGUCAACGGAACAAAUUGCUGAAUGUAAUUAACGUGGGAAAUGGCCCGGAAGAUAUGAAGUUUACAGCUGCAGCAAACUGGCCACGUAUCUUUGCUGCAGCAAGUUUUACAGCAAAGAAAUAA